AUGAGCAGAGUGACAAGAUCAGGCGCAAAAGCGCAAUCGAACAUCAAUAAAAACACAUCUUCAAGACUAGACGUCUUCACUCCCGCCUCCACCGCCUCUAAACAAGCAAGCUCCAUCCCCACCCUCCUCUUCGACAACCAAGCAGCCUGGGAGACAUGGCUGACCGAACACCACUCCGAGACCUCUGGCCUAUGGGUACAAAUAGCCAAAAAGAAUGCUGAUAGACCAAGUGUGAGCUAUGACGAGGCACUCGACGUCGCACUCUGCUUUGGAUGGAUCGAUGGGCAGCGGAAAUCCCACGACGAACAGCACUUCAUCCAGAGGUUCACGCCACGUCGGAAGAACAGCCUCUGGUCGAAGAGGAACGUGGACAAGGUGGAUGUCCUGAUCAAGGCAGGGCGAAUGAAGCCACCGGGGCAAGCGGAGAUCGACGCUGCCAAGGCGGACGGGCGAUGGGGCAGGGCCUACUCCUCUGCGAGCGUCAUGGAGGUGCCACUCGACUUCCAGGCGGCGUUGGAGGGGAACAAGGAGGCAGUCAAGUUUUUCGAUGCCUUGAGCAAGACGCAACGGUACGCAUUUCUGUGGAGAAUCGAGACGACCAAGAGGGCGGAGACUCGAAGGCGGAAAAUAGUGCAGUUCGUCGACCUUCUCGCCGAGCACAAGACGUUGUGA